UUAGAAAGAAGAAAUGUUUCAAAAACAUCUGGACAGCGUAAACCAAUUGUAAACAAAUUUUUGGGAAUGGCAGAAGCUACACAGGCUAAACGUUAUCGCCGCGAUGAUAAAGGAAAAUCGUCAGAUGAAAAUGAAGACGAGGAUUAUGUGCCGUAUGUUCCCGUUAAAGAGCGCAAAAAACAGCAGCUAAUGAAACUUGGCAGAAUUGUGCAGCUUACCUCUGAAGCAGCGGCACAGCCAAAAUCUUCAAGUGAAAAUGAAGGUGACGAGGAGUCGCAAGGUGCCACUGAAGCGGAGCUUUGGGGACGUAAAUACAACAUCAGCUUGUUGGAUCAACACACCGAAUUGAAGAAAAUAGCUGAAGCUAAAAAAAUAAGUGCUGUUGAAAAGCAAUUAAAGGAAGAAGAAAAGAUACUGGAAAGUGUAACACAACAGAAAGCUUUAAUGGGCGUAGCUGAAUUGGCCAAAGGUAUUCAAUACGAGGAACCUAUCAAAACAAGUUGGCGUCCACCACGCUACCUGGCAGCCAUGCCAGAAGAACGGCGCAAUGCAGUACGUAAACGUUUGCGCAUUCUUGUAGAGGGUGAGAACAUUGCGCCACCAAUACAUAGUUUUCGUGAAAUGAAAUUCCCUAAAGGCAUAUUAAACGGACUCGCUGCAAAGGGUAUCAAAAAACCUACUCCAAUUCAAUUGCAAGGCAUUCCAGCCGUACUUUCUGGGCGUGACUUAAUUGGGAUUGCUUUUACGGGCUCGGGAAAGACACUUGUUUUUGUGCUCCCCAUCAUAAUGUUUGCUUUGGAACAAGAAUAUCGCCUCCCCUUCGAGCGUAAUGAAGGCCCAUAUGGACUUAUCAUUUGUCCAUCUCGUGAAUUAGCGAAACAAACAUACGAUAUUAUAAUGCAUUAUAGCCGACAUUUACAGCAAUGCGGUAUGCCUGAAAUACGUGCCUGUCUCGCAAUCGGCGGUCUACCCGUUUCCAGCUCAUUGGAGAUUAUACAACGAGGAGUGCACAUUAUGGUUGCAACACCUGGUCGUUUAAUGGAUAUGUUGGAAAAGAAAAUGGCCACUUUAGAUAUAUGCCGUUACUUGUGUAUGGACGAAGCAGAUCGUAUGAUAGAUAUGGGUUUUGAAGAAGAUGUGCGUACAAUCUUUUCAUUUUUCCGCGGCCAACGACAAACUUUACUCUUCUCAGCCACUAUGCCGAAGAAAAUACAGAACUUUGCGCGCUCAGCUCUAGUGAAACCCGUUACUAUUAAUGUAGGACGUGCAGGUGCGGCCUCAAUGAAUGUUACACAGGAGGUGGAGUACGUUAAACAAGAGGCUAAAGUUGUUCACCUAUUGGAUUGUUUGCAGAAAACUCCACCACCAGUGCUGAUAUUCGCUGAAAAGAAACAGGACGUCGACUGCAUACACGAGUAUUUAUUGCUCAAAGGCGUUGAAGCUGUAGCAAUUCACGGCGGUAAAGACCAAGAAGAACGUUCACGUGCCGUUGAAGCUUAUCGUGAUGGCAAGAAGGAUGUGCUAGUAGCUACCGAUGUCGCCUCAAAAGGCUUAGAUUUUCCGAAUGUACAGCACGUCAUAAAUUAUGAUAUGCCCGAUGAUGUGGAAAACUAUGUGCAUCGUAUUGGUCGUACGGGACGUUCGAACACCAAGGGCCUUGCCACCACAUUUAUCAAUAAAACUGCCGAACAGUCAGUAUUGUUGGAUUUGAAGCAUCUGCUAAUUGAAGCUAAGCAAAAAGUGCCAGAGUUUCUCAACGAACUAUGUCCAGAGCCAGAAAAUUACUUGGACCUUGGUGAUUCGCACGGUUGUAGCUAUUGUGGAGGUUUAGGUCAUCGUAUCACUGAAUGUCCCAAACUGGAAGCAGUACAAAGCAAACAAGCCUCAAAUAUUGGGCGUCGGGAUUAUUUAUCAAAUACAGCUGCUGAUUAUUAGACACGACUCAAUAUUUUAACGUUAUGCAGUUGCGUAGGCUUACUUGUAGUUUAUAAGCUUUUGACUCAGUAGACGGGUUUGAAUUGCAUUAAAUUAAAAAAUAAAAAAUAUUUUUAAUAUAUGGUAAAUAACAUUAACAGCAAAACAGUGUGAAA